AUGGACAAAUGCUUAGCUUUCAUUCUGGGUCUCUUCCCGGCAUAUCCUUUCCUCAAUCACAUAUAUUCAGUGGCCAAGCAGAAGACCAGCGCAGAAAUCAUAAGUGAAGCACGAAAUGCAUUAAGAACAGUUGGGACCCAAAGACCAUUCACGCCACAGGAAGACCAAAGAAAACUAUUUGGACCUGCCUCUUCAAGGACACCAGAAAAUAGACCCCCUUCCUGCUUCAGCCUCCAUGCAUCCAAUUUUGAGUCAUCUGAUUCCAGGCCCAUUUCCAGUGCACGUCUCAGCCCGCUAGAACUUAAACCGAAAGCUCCGGCGUCUCCCACCACAGAAGGGGACCCCGGCCUUUCCUUCCCGAAGCCCCCGGUGGACCCCGUGAAGAUGCGGAGGAUAAGCAGCGCCCGGGCGCGCUUGUUCAGGGCGUCCUCCCAGGGGGCCCUUCUGCCAGACCGGACACCGCCUCCCGCCGAGCGAAAGAAGACAGUGGAAUCCAAAGACACAGUUAGGAUGGGGGACUCUCCGGUGAAAAUCAGUGGGAUUUAUUUAACAGAACCAAAGGCCGUUGGCCACUUAAAGAGUCACCCACUUCAGCUAACGUAUGAUGGAGGCUUCAGAGAAAUCAAGGAGCAAGAAAUGUUCGAAGGGGCAACAUCCUUGCCAUCUCAUCUGAGAAGCGGAGGGGACCAGGGGAAGAGGCGCCCGAGGGCCUCCUCAUGCCCCAACAGCUCGGACCUGAGCAGGCUGGGAGCCAGUGCAGGUUCAAAAGCUGACCUGCAAGAAAAGGUUACAGAGAUGGAAGUAGACGAUGUCUUUUGGAAUACCAGGAUAGUGCCAAUUUUGCACAAAUUACAGAAAGAGGAAGACACUGAACUGCUUUGUGCUGCCUGCACACAACUCCAUCGCACUUUAGAGGAAGAAAACAUGCUUGGAAAGAAAUUCAGGAGAAGAAGUCAUCUCCUGAAGACCCUGUAUAAACUAGUUGAUGUUGGCUCAGACCCGCUCAGCCUUAAACUGGCAAAACUUAUUCUGGCACUUAAAGUGAGUAGAACGAAUCUUCUCAAUGUCUGCAAACUCAUAUUUAAAAUUAGCAGGAGUGAGAAGAAUGAUUCUCUGAUUCAAAGUGAUAGCAUUCUGGAAUCAUUAUUGGAGGUCCUAAGAAGUGAAGACCUGCAAACUAACACUGAAGCUCUCUUAUACUGUAUGGGGACUAUCAAAUUUAUUUCUGGAAAUCCAGGAUUUCUUAAUGAAAUGAUCAGCAAAGGUGCUGUGGAAAUACUGAUGAAUUUGAUCGAGCAAAUAAAUGAGAAUGCCAAUAAAUGUGGUACCUGUUUGCCCAAUUCAGGCCACUUGUUAGUCCAAAUGACUGCUACUCUGAGAAACUUGGUUGAUUCACCCCUAGCAAGAAGUAAGUUGCUGAGCAUCGGCGCCCUGGCCCAGCUCUGCAGGGUGAUGGGACAGUACAUGAGUGACAAGGAUGUCUGCACCAAUAUUGCCAGAAUAUUCAGCAAACUUACUCCUUACCGUGACUGCUGUAUUGCCUUGGCCAACUAUUCCGGAUGCUACGCCUUGUUUUUGAAUCUGAUAAACAAAUAUCAGAAGAAGCAGGACUUGGUCGUUCGUAUUGUUUUCAUUCUUGGCAACCUGACAGCGAAAAACAACCAGGCGCGUGAGCAGUUUUUCAGAGAGAAAGAGAGCAUCCCGACCCUGCUGUCGCUGUUCCGCGCCUUCUACGAGCUAGACCUGCAUCCCGAGAGGUCAGCAGGAGCUGGAGAUGAGCAGCCCACGCCACAGAAGCCGCGGGCCCAGGUGGAGGACGUGCUCAUCAAGCUGACCCGCGUGCUCGCCAACCUGGCCAUCCACCCGGGCGUCGGGCCCCCCCUGGCCGCCGACCCGCAGGUGGUGGGGCUGCUCCUCGCCACUCUGGAAUACAAGUCAAUUGACGACUGUGAGGAGCUGGUGAUCAAUACUACAGCAACAAUCAACAACUUAUCUUACUACCAAGUGAAGAACUCUGUGAUUCAAGAGCAAAAGCUACAUGUUGCUGAAUGUAAGGUUCAGAGUUGGGUUUGGGUAGAGGCAUGUUCAUCGAAGGUUUUGACUUUAUUAACUAAACACACUGAGCACCCCCGCUUGACGGGUCCGCGUGUGUUCUCUGCCCUCCCAGUACACAAGUUCAUGAUCGCGCUGCUGGACGCCAGGCAUCAGGACCUGUGCUUCUCUGCCUGUGGCGUUCUCCUGAACCUCGCCGUGGAUAAAGACAAGCAUGCCAUCCUAAAGGAAGGAGGCGGCGUUAAAAAGUUAGUGGGUUGUUUGAGAGACUUUGGUCCGACGGACUGGCAGCUGGCCUGCUUAGUUUGCAAAACGUUGUGGAACUUCAGUGAAAAUACCACGAACGCCUCGUCGUGUUUUGGAGAUGAAGACGCUAACACGCUCCUAGUCCUGCUGUCAGCAUUCCUAGAUGAAGAUCUAGCACUGGAUGGCAGUUUUGACCACGACCUAAAAAACUAUCACAAACUCCAUUGGGAAACAGAAUUCAAGCCUGUGGCACAGCAGCUUCUAAACCGAAUUCAGUCUCAUCACACCUUCCUGGAACCCCUGCCUAUUCCUUCUUUCUAACAUGAUGCAAAUUAACACCGGAAACAGGAAGUCAGGUCGCCUUCAUUCUUAAGAAGUGGUAACAAACAUGAACAUUUUUUUUCAAUAUUAACAAAUAUUGAAAAAUUUUCAGGUACUGAUGUUAGUGAGUAGUUGAACUAUUUUAAAAGAAAUAAGCAUUUCUUCUUGUUAGGUAUUAUGGGAAAAUGAAUGUACAUGUACUUUCUCCUAUGAGAAAUGUAAGAUAAAAAAAAUAUAUGCAUGGUUUU